AGUCUUGAUUCGAGACAUGCACAGGUAGUUGGUGUCCAGCUAUCAUCGUUUGAACAUGUUGGACAUUUCGUGGUCUGGAUGGAUAUGGAAUCCAUCAUCAUUGGCUAUGACGACCCUGAUCGGAUUGCUGGCCGGCUAUUAUGGGGUGUGGACUCGUUCCCGUUUUGUCCGUCUCAUCGACGCUCUGCCCGGACCCAAGUCACUUCCCGUCCUGGGCAACAUCAUCGAUAUUUUGAAGUAUUCUGCUAACAAUCGUUUGUGUACUGAAUGGAUCAAACAAAACGGAUAUAUUUUCCGAAUGUGGAUCGGUUACUAUCCGGUGGUUCACGUCGCUCAUCACGAACUAUUUGAACCAAUUCUUUCCAAUUCAAAACUCGUAACAAAAGUGGACGAAUACAAAUUCUUAUUGCCUGAAAACUGCCUUGCUGUGAUACCGGGUGACAAAUGGCGUCACCGUCGCCGAUUGCUGACUCCGGCGUUCCACUUUAAAAUUCUCGAUGGAUUCAUUUCUACCUUCAAUGAAAAGAGCAUGGCCUCCGCUGCCAAAGUGGAAGAAAUUCUGGGCACUGCUGAAAGCCAAGAAAUUAACAUCUGUCCGAUUAUAGUCAAGCUGACUUUCGAUGCUCUCUACGAAACUUCCAUGGGCAAGAAUACGUUGAGUGAAGAGGACACGAGUACAUACGCACAGAAUCUGGACGGAAUGGCGCACAUCUUUAAGGAACGUGCCAUCCGUAAACCGUGGCUGAGGAUCGAUUGGAUUUACAAAUUCACCUCGCUGUACCGCAAACAAAUGCAGUACUCUUCUUUCUUCAACACCUUCCACGAAAAGGUAAAUUCGGCUUUGAUAAUUGAUGUCAUUAUUUCGUCAUGUCACGCGCCAUUGCGGUCGUCAAAACAGGUGAUUCGAGAACGUCGCGAAUUGCAGAAGCGAAACGCAGCAGAGAAACACUCAAGUCCUCAGCCAGUGUUGAACAAUAAUAACGUCGAUGAAGAGGACAUGCUCACACGACCAAAAGAGAGAUUGGCCAUUUUGGAUUUAUUAUUAAAAAUAUCGGAAGAGAAUCCUGAAUUGGACGACAAGGUGAUCGGCGACGAAAUUGCCCUUUUCAUUAUUGCGGGUUUCGAUUCAUCAUCUGUGGCCAUGAAUUGGUUUCUUUACCUCAUCGCUAAACAUCCGGAACACCAGAAAUUGGUGACGGACGAAUUGGAUCAGAUUUUUGGCGAUUCCGAUCGGCCGGUGACGGCGCAGGACUUGACUCAGCUCAAAUAUUUGGAGUGUUGCAUCAAGGAAACUUUGAGGUUGUAUCCAUCCAUUCCAUUAGUGGCGCGAUACUUAACGGAAGAAGUUCAAGUUGGUGAUUACACUUUACCAAAGGACUUGCCAGUUAUAGUAAAUAUUUUCUUGAGCCAGCGCAACCCAGAAGUUUUUCCUGAACCGGAUGCUUUCAAGCCGGAACGAUUUCUACCGGAAAACAGCGUGGGCCGACAUCCGUACGCCUUCAUUCCGUUUAGCGCCGGACCCCGCAAUUGCAUUGGACAAAAGUUCGCCAUGAUGGAAAUCAAAAUUUCACUCGCCAACAUAUUGCGGCGGCUGCGAUUUUCUUAUUCUGAUACGUCGGCUCCACUUGAUUUCUCUCCCCUUCAAAUUACUUUUUUAAAACCGAAAGACAAUCAAUGCAAAUUAAUCGUCUCUAAAAAAAAAUCGCCCAAAAAUCUUUGAAAAUUGCAUUACAACGAACUAAAAAAAAAUUAAAUUAAAUUAAAUUCUUCUCUCAGC